CCUCUUUGAUUCAUAGUUCUGAAUAGAUGCUACAUUCUGGUAUGAGUAACUGCAUAUAAUUGCAUAGAAGUCGCCUUCAGUCUUCUUUCGGUGUGUGUCGUUGUAGAUUAGUAGAAGUUUCUAUAGCCCGCGGGGGCUCGCAAUUUCUUCACGGCAGACUCAAAAAGCAUGGACUCGUUUUUGCGGAUGCACUACACGUUCUAGGCGUGCGAGGAGGAUUUGGUCUCUUGUUUGUGAGGAGGGCUUUGAACCUGACCAGAAAAACUGCGUUGGGGGAUCAAAAAGCAAACAGCAAGCAGGGAUUUUUGCGAUCUUUAUCGUUGGCUCGAACCAAACGCACUAGAUUUAAUAUUUUUUGCAGGAGACGGUUUGGAGGAGCUUUUCCUGCUUUCCAUGCCCAGCAUGUCCUCGUUAAAUCCGCAAGUACUGGAGAUAACCGCAGGAAUCGCGGAAUUCUCAAAUCGAGUAGGACUAAAAACCCUCAUGUCACAGUACGGCGAGGUCGAUGUGUGCUGGAUACCUCCAUUUCUUGAAAGGUACAAAUUUUUCUUCACCGUAUUUUCGACCACUUGGAAAAACAAGAAAGUGGAUGAUCAAUUGCGGAUACCAAAUUACUUAUCAAUGCAUUGCUUUUUAUGUCUGUUGAAAUGUUUAAAUAAUCAAUCCAACUUUCAUUCACACAGAGAAAAUGAGGUUGCAUACGUGAAAUUUAAGACACCGGAGAGCGCGGAACUCGCAAUGAAAGCAAUGACAUGCGGUCAGUUGCAGAUGCACGGAGUUGCGCUGCAGGGACGAUAUCGGAUGACACUACCACCCAAGACGGACCCAGAUAAGAACAAGACGGACGAGUACUUACCACGCGAAAUUUGAAUGACAAUUAUAUGAUGCAGUUCUUGUGCGGUGUAUUACAUUUCAAUCUUUGAUGCUCUUAAGUAGGUAUGCGUAUUAAGUUCGAGAUAAAGAUAGGACUGUGCUUUGCACGCGUUUCUGGAUAACUGCAACAAAAAGAUAUUGAUUCACUGGGUGACAGGUUUUAGAAGCAAUGUUGUCUUAGAUUUGAAUCGUUUGUCUCCACCAGCCGAAGCCAGUACGGUGCAGGUAGAUUCACCGACAGCAGGGCUUUGAUGGCAUCCUUGCGGGAUCGCGGUAGAGAUCGCAGUCGGACCCGGAGGAGCAGGGACCGCAGCCGGGAACGCCGCAAACGAAGCCGGAACCGUAGCCGCAGGAGAGAUGGGAGUUCAAGCCGAUCACGCUCGCGUGGCAGAAGAAGCAGGAGGGACGACAGUAAGCGGACAGACAGCAAGAAGUCUUCAGUCGAGGAGGAGAUCGUCGUCGGAUACUACUUUGGUACAAGAACGGUUGAACAAAUAAUUACUCUACUAGAUAAAAAACCCGUGUAUUAGGAAAAUGAGAAGCGAUUUCGAAAUGAUCUUCUUCGAUAUUUAUCAUACUAAUACUACUCAUUGAACAUUUUCAACAAAUAUGACAACUCCAUUUGAAUUUUUCCUGAUCAACAGGAAUCAAUCCAUUUUUUUUUCAACAAGUACCAAUCAAUCCAUUUUAAUUUUUCCUGAUUGCAACUCUCUUAGGUGAUAACCAGUCGUUAGGGCUGAAAUUAGCCAAAGACUGUAGCGUGAUAGAGCUGGAGGACCCGAUGGCAGACGCUUUUGGGUGGCGUGUCGGUGACCGCGUUGUGUCGAUUAACGGCGAUAGCGUCGCGAGCAUUAGCGAGAUGGUCACGCGGAUGAAGGAGAUCAAAACCUCGGGUGCACUUCCAGUCAUCUUCAAAGUCGAGCGGGAUGGAGGUGUCAUGGAGGGUGGCAGUGAACAUUCCUCAAAGCACCAUGCAAUUGAAGGAAUGAAUGCAGUGAGAGACCUCAUCUCCCAGAACAGUGUCCCAUAGGCCACAGACGCGAAGAACAUGCUGUUCUUAUACCUCAAUCGGCCUACAUGUACAUCAUGCUCUUCGUUGGGCAGUUUUGCUUCUAUGUUAUGGCUCAUCCCGCCGUGCGAAGCUACAAGCUACCAUGAAUGAUCUCCGACGCGGCAGUCCCUCCCCAUAUGGUUUCGAUUCCUGAACGCCCAACAUACUAUUCACACUUUAGACGACGGAACUUUUCAUAGUGCCACACUAGUUCAAGAAUUACGCUUUUGCGGAAUAUCCCAGAGUAAACGCGCCGAAAGAGUGCGAAAGAAAAGAAU